AUGCCGACGCCAGCAGCUCGUGGCGCACUCGGCCGUCUAUCGCCGCUCUGUGCACCCUCCUCUUCGACUGCUGCUACUGUCACGGCUUCGAUACCCCGUCGCUCCUUUGCAUCACGGUCCAGCACUUCACUGCCACGGACAGACAACGCCGCAUCUUCCUCAAAAGCUCCCGCUUCGUCUCGUUCUCUGGGCAGCUGGUCUCACGCUUCCACUCGUCCUCGCUCAUGUAGCUCGUGUGGUCAUCAGCUGCCUACCUCGCCCACACGCUCCUUCUCGUCAUCAACCCUGCGCUCUGCAUCCACCAAGGACCCCUACUCUGUUCUCGGAGUCAAGAAGGACUCAGCCACCAAGGACAUCAAGCGUGCCUACUACGAUCUCGCCAAGAAGUUUCAUCCGGACACCAACAAGGAGAAGGGAGCCAAGGAACGUUUUGUCGAAAUCCAGAAUGCCUAUGACUUGCUCAGCGACGACAAGAAGCGUGCCGCCUAUGAUCAGUACGGGACUACAGAUGGUCAACCAGGCUUCGAUCCAUUCGGCGGCGGAGGUUCCUCUCCGUUCGGUGCUGGCGGUUUCGGUGGAUUCCAGGACUUUGGCGGCUUCUCCAACGCAGGCAACGCCGGCUCCAUCUUCGAAUCUCUCUUCGGCGCUUUUGGCGGGGGCGGUGGACGUCCAGGUCAGCGCGGGCCAGGCUUCGGUGGUGCAGGUUUUGCAGGCGAAGCACGAGGAGAGGAUCUCGAGACUACCAUCAACCUCACCUUCGAAGAAGCGUGCAAGGGCACCAAGCGCAAGGUGGUCAUCAACCCCAUCGAGAGGUGCGGCACCUGCACAGGCUCUGGCCUCAAACCUGGCGCCAAGAAGAGCACCUGCGCUACCUGCAACGGUACCGGAACUCGCACGUUUGUGAUUCAGAGCGGCUUCCAGAUGGCCACCACCUGUCCCUCGUGCGGAGGUGCUGGCUCCACGGUCGCACCUGGCGACAAUUGCAACACCUGUGACGGCAUCGGCAGGGUACGCGGACGCAAGGAAGUCGAGAUCGAUCUUCCGGCAGGCGUCGAUGACGGCUUCCGCAUUCGCAAAGACGGCUUUGGCGAUGUACCGCUCUCCGGUGCUGGCACGCCAGGCUCGCUCUACGUUCGCAUCCACGUUGCUCCCAGUCGCAUCUGGAGGCGUCAAGGCUCCACGCUGUUCUACCCGGCUACCAUUCCCUUCCACACCGCCGUGCUCGGCGGCAAGGUGCGCGUGCCCACUCUGGACGGUGCAGUCGAGGUACGUGUGCCAGCGGGCACGCAGGUGGGCGAGGAGAUGAUCUUGCCCGGACGCGGUGUUCCGUCGCCAACUCGACGUGGACAGAAGGGCGACCUGUUGGUUCAAUUUGAGGUCAGCAUGCCGCGCUCGCUCACCAAGCGACAGCGCGAGAUCUUACAACAAUAUGCCGAUGAGGUAGAAGGGCGUUCUUCCGCCUCGAGCGACAGCAACAAUGCCUCUUCUAGCUCGUCGUCAAGCAAGACUGCCAAGGCAGCAAGCAGAUCCGCUCCACCAAGCCAGGCUGGGUCUGCCUCGACCGCCAAUGCAAAGGCCUCUUCGGCUUCUUCCGACAAAGGUCAGCCGGUUUCGGCCAAAACAUCGACGAAAAAGACUUCUACAGCAGGUAGUACAGGGGCUGAAUCCAAGCCACAGGACUCGACGACCGACAACAAGGACAGCAGCAAGCCAGACGAUGCGAAUACCAAACCAAGCCCGUAG